AUGCGAGUCAAAUGGGUUGCCUGCCCUCCGGGCGCGCGGAAAGUACCUCAGUCUGAUAGAGAGCGCGAGGUGGUGUCCCUGCACGUGGGGCAGGCGGGCGUCCAGGUCGGCUCGGCCUGCUGGGAGCUGUACUGCCUGGAGCACGGCAUCGCCCCCGACGGCCAGCUCUGCUGGACCGUCCAGGACGACACCUUCAACGCCUUCUUCAGCGAGACGGGCGGCGGCAAGUGCGUGCCCCGGGCCGUCAUCGCGGACCUCGAGCCCACCUGCAUCGACGAGAUCCGCACCGGGGCGUACAAGUGCCUGUUCCACCCGGACCAGCUGGUGUCGGGCAAGGAGGACGCGGCCUCCAACUUCGCGCGCGGCUUCUACACCGUGGGCAGGGAGAUGGCGGAGCUCACGCUGGACCGCAUCCGCAUCCUGGCCGAGGACUGCAGCGGCCUGCAGGGCUUCCUCCUGUUCCGGGCCUACGGCGGCGGCACCGGCUCCGGCUUCACGACCUUGCUGUUGGAGAGGCUGAUGCAGGACUACGCCAAGACCAGCAAGCUGGAGUUCGCCGUGUUCCCCGCCCCGCAGAUCUCGCCCGUGAUCGUGGAGCCCUACAACGCGGUGCUGUGCACGCACGGCUCGCUCGAGAUCGAGGACUGCUGCUUCGUCAUGGACAACGAGGCCGUCUACGAGAUCUGCGACCGGCACCUGGACGUGGCCAGGCCCACGUACACCAACCUGAACCGCCUCCUGGGGCAGGUGGUGUCCGCGGUGACGGCGUCGCUGCGCUUCGAGGGCUGCCUCAACGUGGACCUGGUGGAGUUCCAGACCAACCUGGUGCCCUACCCGCGCCUGCACUUCCCCCUCAUCACGUACGCGCCCUUCGUGUCGGCGGGCAAGGCCUACCACGAGGCCCUCAGCGUGGGCCAGCUCACCUCGGCCUGCUUCGAGCCGGCCAACCAGAUGGUCAAGUGCAACCCCGCCGACGGCAAGUACAUGGCCUGCUGCAUGCUGUACCGCGGCGACGUCACACCGACCGACGUGAACGCCUCCGUGCAGUCCAUCAAGAGCAAGCGCGCUAUCCGCUUCGUGGACUGGUGCCCCACCGGCUUCAAAAUCGGCAUCAACUACCAGCCGCCCACCACGGUGCCCGGCAGCGACCUGGCCCCCGUCAUCCGCGCCGUCACCAUGCUGUCCAACUCGACGGCCAUCCGCGCCGCCUGGGAGAAGCUCAACCGCAAGUUCGACCUGAUGCACAAGAAGCGCGCCUUCGUGCACUGGUACGUCGGCGAGGGCAUGGACGAGGCCGAGUUCGCCGACGCCCGCGAGGACCUGGCGGCGCUGGAGCAGGACUACGCCGUGGUGGAGGACUAG